AUGGCCUCGCAUGUGCAAGUUUUCUCUCCUCACACCCUUCAGUCAAGUGCCUUCUGUAGCGUGAAGAAACUGAAAGUGGAGCCGAGUUCGAACUGGGAUAUGACUGGGUACGGCACACACAGCAAAGUCUACAGCCAGAGCAAGAACGUGCAGUCCUCCCAAGCAGCCGCCGCAGCCGUCAACACCUCCCUGCAGAUCCCCAAUCCAAGCAUCCCUUACGAACAGACCAUCAUCUUCCCAGCAAGCACAGGGCACAUCGUGGUGACAUCCGCCAACAGCACUUCUGGUGUGGUUGCAGUGUCUGGGCAAACACUGGGCGGGCCACACAACCUGAUGCGUCGCAGCACUGUGAGCCUUCUGGACACCUACCAAAAAUGUGGACUUAAGCGCAAGAGUGAGGAGAUUGAGAACACAAGCAGCGUGCAAAUUAUUGAAGAGCAUCCACCAAUGAUUCAGAACAAUGCCAGUGGGGCCACUGUAGCUACUGCCACCACCUCCACGGCCACCUCCAAAAACAGUGGCUCCAACAGCGAAGGGGAUUACCAGCUGGUACAACAUGAGGUGCUCUGUUCCAUGACCAAUACGUACGAAGUGUUAGAGUUUCUCGGCCGUGGAACCUUUGGGCAAGUAGUCAAAUGCUGGAAACGUGGCACUAAUGAGAUUGUGGCCAUCAAGAUCCUAAAGAACCAUCCUUCCUAUGCCCGGCAAGGCCAGAUUGAAGUGAGCAUCCUGGCUCGGCUGAGCACAGAAAGUGCAGAUGACUACAACUUUGUCCGUGCAUACGAGUGCUUCCAGCACAAAAAUCACACAUGCUUGGUCUUUGAAAUGUUGGAGCAGAACCUCUAUGAUUUCCUGAAACAAAACAAGUUUAGUCCCUUGCCCCUUAAGUACAUUCGACCAAUUCUCCAGCAGGUAGCAACUGCCCUAAUGAAGCUGAAAAGCCUUGGACUGAUUCAUGCAGAUCUCAAACCAGAGAACAUCAUGUUGGUGGAUCCAUCCCGACAGCCAUAUAGGGUCAAGGUCAUAGACUUUGGUUCAGCUAGCCAUGUGUCUAAAGCUGUGUGUUCUACCUACCUUCAAUCCAGAUAUUACAGAGCCCCCGAAAUCAUCCUUGGUUUACCAUUUUGUGAAGCAAUCGAUAUGUGGUCGCUGGGAUGUGUCAUUGCAGAGCUGUUCUUGGGCUGGCCGUUGUACCCAGGAGCUUCUGAGUAUGAUCAGAUUCGCUAUAUUUCACAGACCCAGGGCUUACCAGCAGAGUAUUUGUUAAGUGCAGGGACAAAGACCACGAGAUUUUUCAACAGGGAUACAGACUCACCAUACCCUUUGUGGAGACUGAAGACACCAGAAGAUCAUGAGGCAGAGACGGGGAUCAAGUCAAAGGAAGCAAGAAAGUAUAUUUUUAACUGUUUGGAUGAUAUGGCACAGGUAAGAGCAUUGGUGAACAUGACAACAGAUUUGGAAGGAAGUGAUAUGUUGGUGGAAAAGGCGGACCGGCGGGAGUUUAUAGAUCUGUUAAAGAAGAUGUUGACUAUAGAUGCAGAUAAGAGAAUAACACCCAUUGAAACUCUGAACCACCCUUUUGUCACCAUGACGCACUUGCUCGAUUUCCCUCACAGCACACAUGUCAAGUCCUGCUUCCAGAACAUGGAUAUCUGCAAGCGGCGGGUGAAUAUGUAUGACACAGUGAACCAGAGCAAGACACCAUUCAUCACCCAUGUAGCCCCAAGCACAUCAACCAACUUGACCAUGACUUUUAACAACCAGCUGAACACAGUCCACAACCAGACCACCAACCUGGCUCCCACCUCCUCCAGUGCCACUAUUUCCUUAGCCAACCCCGAGGUCUCCAUACUAAAUUACCAAUCUGCACUCUACCAGCCCUCAGCAGCGUCCAUGGCUGCGGUGGCCCAGCGGAGCAUGCCUCUGCAGACAGGAACAGCGCAGAUCUGUGCCCGGCCUGACCCCUUCCAGCAAGCUCUCAUCGUCUGCCCACCAGGCUUCCAAGGGUUACAAGCCUCCCCUUCGAAGCAUGCUGGGUAUUCAGUUCGGAUGGAGAACGCUGUUCCCAUUGUCACUCAGGCUCCCGGGGCCCAGCCUCUUCAGAUCCAGCCAGGACUCCUCGCACAGCAAGCAUGGCCCAGUGGCACGCAGCAGAUCCUGCUCCCUCCUGCUUGGCAGCAGCUGACUGGAGUGGCCACCCACACUUCUGUCCAGCACGCAACAGUCAUCCCAGAAUCCAUGGCAGGCACUCAACCACUGGCAGACUGGAGAAACACCCAUGCCCACGGCAGCCACUACAACCCCAUCAUGCAGCAGCCGGCGCUGCUGGCCAGCCACGUGGCUCUGCCCGCCGCCCAGCCCGUCAACGUGGGCGUUGCUCACGUCAUGCGCCAGCCGCCCGCCGCUGCCACUGCCACCAGGAAGAGCAAGCAGCACCCCUCAGUGCCCCGAAAUGCAUCCACCUAUGAAGUCUCAUCCUCUCAGUCCAUCAGCUCACCUCAGCGGUCGAAACGCGUGAAGGAGAACACCCCGCCCCGCUGUGCCCUGGUGCACAACAGCCCUGCCUGCAGCACCUCCCUCACCUGCGGCUGGGGCGACGUGGCCGCCAGCACCACGCGGGAGCGGCAGCGGCAGACGAUUGUCAUCCCCGACACCCCCAGCCCCGCAGUGAGUGUCAUCACCAUCAGCAGCGACACAGAUGAAGAGGAGGAGCAGAAGCAUGCACCCACCAGCACCUUGUCCAAGCAAAGGAAGAACGUCAUCAGCUGUGUCACCGUGCAUGACUCCCCCUACUCCGACUCCUCCAGCAACAACAGCCCUUACGCCGUGCAGCACCGCGCAGGGCAGAAUAACGGGAACACCUACGACACCAAAGGGGUUCCAGAGACUCACUGCAGUGGGAACCCUCGAACGAUCAUCGUGCCACCACUGAAAACCCAGGCCAGUGAGGUGUUGGUAGAGUGCGAUAGCCUGGCUCCAGUCACCACCAGUCACCACUCAUCCUCCUACAAGUCCAAGUCCUCCAGCACCGUGACCUCCACCAGCGGUCACUCUUCAGGGAGCUCGACUGGAGCCGUUGCCUAUAGGCAGCAGCGACCAGGAGCACAUUUCCAGCAGCAGCAGCCUCUUAAUCUAAGUCAGGCCCAGCAGCACAUCACGACCGACCGCACAGGGAGUCACCGGAGACAGCAAGCCUACAUCACUCCUACAAUAGCUCAGGCCCCGUCCUCUUUCCCACACAAUAGCCCCAGCCAUGGUACAGUUCAUCCUCACUUGGCCGCGGCUGCCGCUGCUCACCUGCCCACGCAACCCCACCUCUACACAUACACCGCCCCCGCCGCCCUGGGCUCCACGGGCACCGUCGCACACCUGGUGGCCUCCCAAGGGUCAGCGCGGCACGCCGUGCAGCACACCACCUACCCCGCCAGCAUCGUCCACCAGGUCCCUGUCAGCAUGGGCCCACGGGUUCUGCCCUCACCCACCAUCCACCCGAGCCAGUACCAGGCUCAGUUUGCCCAUCAGACCUAUAUCAGUGCUUCUCCAGCCUCCACAGUCUACACUGGAUACCCACUGAGCCCCACCAAGGUCAACCAGUACCCUUACAUCUAAACACUGGAAUAAGGAGUGAGAGACGCACCCGUCCCGGGGCAGUGAGGCGGCUGCUUUUGUACUGAAGAACAUGACAAACUAACAAUGCAAUGGGAGGCUCGUGUGAAACUUGAACGAAGGAGAUUUAAAGGAAGAAACGAGAAACAGGAGAGAAGGGGGAGAACCAAUUCUACACUUUUUAUUUAAAAAAAAAAAAAAAAAGAAAAUGGAAAAAA